GAAGAGAUGGAGGUGGACAAUGGAAAUACUCCCGGGGGGCCUGCGCAGAUUCCGUCACCAACAGGGUCCAGCUCGGCCCAGCCUAACGCGAGUCAGUUUAGAGCAGAGGACUUUGAAGAAACAAUGGCGAUGAUGCGCGAUGAUGAUGAUGAUAGGAAUCCCGUGCAAUCGAGUAACGACGAGAGCUGUGGAUCAAGAAACGAGCAAUGA